CUAAAGAAUAAGAAGUUAGCCGACAGCUAGCGUUAAGCUCGCCAGUAAUGUAAAGUCCGCUGUGACCAACGUUUGCUUACAUGGCAAGAAGAAAGGUCAUGAUGGCCCGCUUCCUGUAUGCUGAAUAAGAUGUUAAUAACGUUGUGCUACGUCUAUCUGUGGGUGCGCUUUCACAAGUGCUACUCGGUGCUGAUCCGCAACAGCCUGUCCAGACUGAACAGCAGCAGCUUCAGCUUCAGACUCUGCCCCAGCUCGGCCUCAGCACCAAACACAGCUUCGCUGACCGGACGCCACCCAGCCGGACGGCGGUCCAGCCCGGUUCCACCCGAAGACAACGUCUUUCUUCAGCUGGGAGACAAGGCUGUCUAUGUCACGGAGCCUCAGGCAUGUGAUGACCUCAGCAAAUGGACUGUGCUGUUGGGGUCCUCUCUGGUUUGCGGUCCUCGAAUAGAGAAUAUUUCAUUCAUCAUAGAAGCUACAGGACACAGAGUGGUCUACCAUUCUCCUCACACAUCAAAUAAGAAAGUGCUAAAGUGGUCUGACUACUGUCUUCCUCUGGCCUGUAGCCCUGGACAACCGUUCAGGGCAGUGGCUCAGGCCAGUGUAGAUAACUUCAGUCGGUUGGGUGUGGCUUUUAUUGAAGAUCGCCUUCAGCUGGAUGAUGGACUUAUGCCUUCAAAAAUAAUCCCUGUCCUCCUCCAAGACUCCACUCUCAGUGAGCUGUUGAAGAAGCAGUGUCCACAGAGCCCAAAGAGUGCAACAUCAUUAUGUCUCUGCAGCACCCAGACAGAAGAGUGUGUCCUUGAGCCUUUUCCUCGUCACCUGUCAGCUGACCACCAGCACCUACAGUGCCGUAAAGGCAGCCUCCUCCUCACCCCGGAAGUAAAGAGGAAGUUAGAGGAGCGACGAGGGUCAGAGCCGCUCUGCGGCACGAAGGAUCAGGAACCUGUUAGUGACCCGGAGGACCAUUCCUUGGGGAAUCAUCACCACAUGGAGGGCCAUAGACACCACCUCCAUCUGUCCAGCUGCCAUGAAUGUUUGGAGCUGGAGAACAGCACGAUCCUCUCUGUCAAAUAUGCUUCAGCUGAGAACAUUCCAGACCUUCCUGAUGAUAACUCAGAGGGGCUGGAUAGCGGAGAUGAGACUUUUGAUGAUGUUGGUCAUGAUGCCAAAGGGUCAUCUGGCCAAAGGGGCAGAUUUGACUGUAAUAGCAAAUCACCAAAUAUUCUGCUGUACACAGGUGGUUGUCAGGAGCGUUUUCAGGCAGUUCGUCAGCUUUUAUCAGAGUGUUUAAACAUGGAAAACAACGUAAUCUAUCCCCUCCAACCACAGCAGGCUCUGAGUGACCCUUGGCUGGACAGCACCAGGCUGUUGGUAGUGGCAGAAGAAGAGACCCUGACCCCCCAACUUCAGACCCGUUUUCUUACCUACCUGAGCCAGGGUGGCAGAGUCCUGGGGUUAGCCUCUACCCUUUGCCCAGCAGGCCUCUGUCUGGAAGUCAGAGAGAGGCGACGUGGGCAGGUCGGCAGGCUUAGCUUCACCAGGGAGGACAGCACAGAGCUGGAACUGAGCGUGUUGGCAACUGGGAACGUCUACAUCAGGGAUACUCAAGGGGGAGGGGAGGUAGAGCUCUGGGGGGAGCUGAAAGGGGACGUCCCUCAUCAGAGAGAUAUGGUUGUGGUCAGGGUAACUCACGGCGGGGACGGCGGGGAAGCUGUCCUCUGUCAGGUCCACCUGGAAAUUGCUCCUGACUCCCAGAAUUUGACAUCAGGGUCUUUUGAUGAACUGAAGGUCAGCAACACACUGCGAUAUGAAGUUCUGACAGAGAUCCUCACCUCUCUGGGCCUCAGAUGUGAGCCAAACCAGACUUCAGCCCCAAGCCCAGUCCACCUGUUGGCCACCUCUCAGGAGGCCAAGGCUAGCUUCUUGAACUGGCUACUGACACGAGCAGAUCAAAAUGGCCUCGUCACAUUGUCCAAGGCCUCCUUCAGAAUGGUGUCCUGCUCUGAGCUCCAGGAUGGUCCCUCGCUGCCUGAGGGCUCUCUGGCCCUGGUCACCAAUUCCUCAGAGUCCCAGAGCUGGGCGCAGUUCAGUAUGGAGACCUACAGCAAGAACCUAAAGACCAGUCUACUGGGGCACACCCUGUUGUAUGCUGAGGUUGUCACGUCUACCAUGGAUCUGCUGCAAGGGCUGACUCUGCACUUACCAAAGGAUGUUGGUUUGAUAGCGGUAGCUUCUCGACAAAGCCAGGGUAGAGGUCGGGGCAGGAAUGCCUGGCUCAGCCCUUUGGGUUGUGCCAUGUUCUCUCUGAUGGUCCAGGUUGAGCUAAGUUCCAGGCUUGGACAGAGGAUUCCCUUCAUGCAGCAUCUGGCUGCUCUGGCAGUGGUGGAGGCUGUUCGCACACUUCCUGGAUACCAGGACAUAGACCUGAGGGUGAAAUGGCCCAACGACAUCUAUUACAGUAGCCUGAUGAAGCUUGGGGGAGUGCUGGUGACUUCCACUGUGAUAGGAUCAACCUUUCAUCUGCUCAUAGGCUGUGGGUUCAAUGUCACAAACAGCAACCCAACAGUGUGCAUUAAUGACCUGAUCCAGCAGUACAAUGUACAGCAUAACUGCAACCUGCAGCCGCUCAGCUGUGCCCAGCUCAUUGCUCGAACUGUCAGCUGCCUGGAGGUCCUUAUCAACAGCUUCCAACAAGGAGGCCCAGAUGCUGUCCUGCCCACCUACUACAAGAGAUGGCUUCACAGAGGGAAUCAGUGCAACACUUCCUUGUUGGCCUACAGAGGAACAUCAUCCCUGAAGCACUCUAUUGGACAGACGCAGAGAUGGACAAGAGGAGAGAGAGCAGCUCGACUGCAACCUGUUGUACAUGUUUAACUUGAGAUGAUAUGUUAAAGUGUGUUUACCAGUUUCUUAUCCCAGUAAUUAAUUGUCAAUUGAAUGUGUAGUUGUCAGUCCCCAAAGAGAUUAAAGUAAAUUGGCAGAUGACUCUUUGUCCCUUGAACACAGACUGACCAAUCAUAUUGUAGCAACAUGGCUGAGCUCCAUGGACACUCAUGCAAUUGUCUCUGAUUUCUUCAUUUUCAGGCUGGUUUUGUGGAUUUAGAGCUAAGUGUUGUGCCUGUGGCACGUGUAUUGAUGAUACUCGUUACCUGAAGAGGCAACUUCCCUGUUGCAAAAGCAAAAUCAAACCCUGAAAAGUGUAGGGUUAGCUAGCAAUCUACUGAAAGUACAACUUACUAUGUUGCUUUUGCAUUAUAAUUAUUGUAACAGUGAGACAACGGGCCCUUGCAAGUGAUUCAAUUUACCACCUCAGAAAUAUGCAUGUGUCAAAAGAACUUGCGUUCAAAUGCUAUUAUCUGCUUUAUAUGUCCUCAAGAAGGCAAACCUAUCUCCAUCAAUGUUUCUUUUUUCUUUUGUGAGAAGUCAGUAAAAAUGUAUAACUUAUAAAUAGAAAUGUUAUACAUUCAUGUUACAGAAACUUUAUAAACUAUUAACAUUUUAAAAAUCCACUUAAUUUCAUACACAGAUUUGAAGUCAUGUUAUUGUAAGAUGUCUGUAUGUAUGUUCUUAUGGAAUUGAAUGCUUUUUGUGGCUGCAGCAUGGGUGAACAAGCCCAGGACAAAUUUCUCACUUGUGGGACAAUAAAGUUCAUCUGAUCUGAUCUGAUCUGACAUGACAUGACAUAUAUGAUUGGUGAUAUGUAUGUUGAUGUUGUCCAAUGUCAGCAUUACGAUGGUUUAAAAGAUAUGGUAGCUGCAUCAAUACAAAUCUGGCACAAGGGCCCAUCAUAAUAGUGUACACUGGGAUCAUCCUAACUAUUAUAUGCUACUGUGAACCAGCGAAGGGAAACAAAGACUUUGCUAGUAUUCAGCCAGCAGUGUGUCAUCACAGUGUGUUCAGAUGUGUGUUUGGCUUCCCCCAGAGCUCCCUACCUAUCUGCCAGCGUCCAGGCCCCCUCCAGCAGCACAGGGGUAAGCCAAACUCCUUUCAUCUGCACACACUGUGAUGACACAGCUGGUUGAAUAUCAGCAAAGUUUCCCUUUAUAUUCAUUCUCUUCUGUCUCGAUUGCCAGUGAUGUGGUGGUUCACUUUUACACUGUCAGCUGCAGCCUAUAGUUUGGCUUUAGCCUCUAACUAUCUUUAUCUUUUGAACCUGUUUUUGCUGCUAAGUGAGUUUCACAUCCUGGAUAUAUCCUCCAAACACAUUUUGUAGACCUCUCUGUCUGCUUCCCUCUUAAAUUGCUUUUUCAUUUUUCCAAAACUAUGAUUAAAUUUCUUCAGAGAGUGCAGUUAGUGACAGUAUGGGCUCCAUGCUUGCUCCGAUAGCUUGACAGAUCAUCACAAAUGGGUGGGGCUUAACAAAGGGUCAUUUAAUAUUUCUCUAGUGCUUAAUAUUACUGUACAGAAGAGGGCAAAUGCUAGAUAAUUUGCUGGGUGUCUAGAUAGUGAUGAGUACUGUAAUGGCUUAGUACAUAAUGUUAAAUGCACAAGUUCUUACAUGACUAACUGGUAAAACAAACUUCUAGUCAACGGAAAAUUACUUACAUUAGUAGGACAGGUUGCACAGGUUGUAGUACUUUAGAAUAUUAUAUAUCAAUUUGGGGAAAAUGUGCUCGGUAUAAUAUCGUAUUUAUCACAAAUAUACAUGUCAGUAUUUGUUAUCGAUGGUCCACCAGCCAACGUUGAUAUGGCAUGUUUUAACUGUGCGACAGCAAUGACAUAAUAGUGUAGUGAAAAUGAUCUGAGUAGCGCCCAAACGAGCAGUAAACUCCAGGGCUCACUUUGAGUGACAUGCUCGCUGCCGAUGGUGUCUUGGGCUUCUCAGUCAGAUCCACCACCCAUUCCUCCACAGCUCCACCCUCUUGCCCAAAUAUGGCCACCUCUGGCUCCAAAAAAAGAUGCCGAUGGCUGAAAUGCUGAACUUGAGGCUUCAAAGCAGGAGUCCACAAAUGAGGGGUAACAUUAUGGUACCUACGUCUAUUAUUUAUAAAGUCAGUGGUUCAAAAGUGGGGGUGUUUGCCAAUUGGCUCAUUAUAGUAUAUAUUGAAGUUCCUCAUUUGUAAGUAGGGAAUAUUGACUGAAUGUUUUUGGAUACAACCUUUGUCUUCACUCGCUAGCAACAAGACAGGAUGCAAACCUACCCCAACCCUGGUGAUCUCACAGCCUGUAAACAGCCCCUCAAAGCUAAUUCAGUGUAUUAUAUUUGGUGGCUGUGGCUCAGUAGUCAAAAUGGGUCAUCUACUAAAAACAGAGUUGGUGGUUUGAGCCUGCCUCUUACUGU